GUACCAGAAACGUUUCGCUCAGUUUCUGCCCCGCACACGCAGAAACAAGCACACGCAUAAGAAUGUCUGACGUCCAGCCUGCCGAAGCGCAGUCGCCCAAGUCCCCGAAGGGCUCGACAAAGGCCGGAGGAGGCGGGGCCGCCAAGGAGCCCAAGCCGCGGGGGCCACGCCCGCCGCCGACGCACCCGCCCUACCUGGACAUGAUCAGUGCUGCCAUCACUGCGCUGAAGGAGCGCACAGGCAGCUCGCACCACGCCAUCGAGAAAUGGGCGCUGGGCCACUUCGACAUCAAGGACGAAGACGCCUUCAGGGGCCACCUGGGCCGAUACCUCAAGAUCUUCACCCAGCAGGGCAAGCUGGUCAAGGUCAAACAGAGCUUCAAGCUCAGCGAUGACCAGAAGGCGUCGUACAAGAAGGGCAUGAAGGACGCCGCCAAGAAGGAGAAGGCGGGGGUCAAGCAGGAGGCGAAGGAAAAGGAGGCCAAGGCCAAGAAGGCUCCGGCCAAGUCGGCCAAGGCGCCAGCUAAGCCUACACCCAAGGCGAAGGCGUCAACACCCAAGGCCGCGGGCGGCGGCACCAAGGGCAAGGCGGCCGGGUCCGCCAGGAAGCCCGCGGGCAAGGUCGGAAAGGCCACGCCCAUCGCCAAGCCCGGCAAGGGCAGUGCGCCCGCCAAGAAGGCCACUCCCGCCUCGGGCGCAAAGGCCGCCAAGAAGCCCACCCCAGGCAAGAAGGCGGCGAGCGGCGGUGGCGCCAAGAAGGCGGCCGCGCCCAAGAAGGGGUGCUCCUAUUCCUAUGCCCUUGGAUGGUAUCGAGUAGCGCGGCUGACCUAGUUGGGUCCGUCUUCUGCUUCGCGUCUUGCAUUGCAGCUGCAAAGUGUACUUCACUACCGGUGCACCGCAAAAGCAUAUGACUCUCAUCAGGGGUGCCCUUGAAUCUCAUCGUAAACUUAGUGGGCCGUGCAUGAAAGGCAUACUCGUUUAUCCCUAGGUUGUCCGCAGGCGCGGUUCGCAGCGAGCGGCAGCUGCACAGGCAAAAUCUCAACCUCAUCAAUGCUUUAUGAUGUGCAACUGUUCGCAACGUGUGGAGCGUUGCCCACAUCGUUGCCGCAGUCGCACAGUCCUGCCUUAGCUCAAGUGCGUCACACCCUCAUUGACACCGUCACGGCUGCAGGAGUCUAAGCCCAAGAAGGCCACGCCCGCGAAGAAGUCUGGCACCAGCACCGCAGCGGCAAAAAAGAAGACGCCAGCGACUAAGAAGGCGGCGGCCGGCGGCGGCAAGAAGAAGUGAGGCGGCGUCUGAGGACCUUAGGAGUGGAGACGUGGCUGGUGAUGGUUGCGGCGCACUCUCGAGUGCGCACUGCGCCGAACGCACUUACGAGUGUGCUUGCAUGGCUGACAGCAUGUGAUACAGUAUGUUCCUCUAGCUUACCGCGGAUGUGCGCUCUUGGACAACGUCGUCAUGGCGGUGCCGUGGUGGGGUUGCAGUAGCAGCAUCAACCUGGCUCGGCUGCCUGCUGCCUGCCAGGGGUGCUGCCUGUGUUGCCGUGGGCCGGUACGAGACGCAAAGGCCACAGACUUGUGGCUGAACUGAUUCACGCAUCGCAUUGCGCUUAACGGUUGACCUGUUGACAGUAGCAGGAAGGGAGUUGCAGCUGCCGUGGGAAGGGGGAGGUGCACACGUGCGGCACGCCAUAGGGUCAGUGAAGGGCAUCCUGGGGCCUGCAAACAUCUGCCGCCGGCAGUGCCGGCAGAGCCUGCUGCGUGAAUCAAAUGCCUUCUGUUGCUGUUUAAGAUCUCCACACGGCACCCAGGUUACCGGUGUGAGAGCUCGAGGCGUGCUCCGUUGUCAAGAAACGAGACCUCG